GACUGAACCACAUCCAGGCAGUGAGCAGUGAUAGGGUGGUUGUAGGCUGUAGCUGCCUUGUGGCCUGGGCUUUAGUGUUUGUGAGAGGAGUGACGACUGAUCAGAAGCAGGUGGGUUAGUGAUCUAUCUGCUGCAGUGUUGGACUGGUACUCGGUGCUGUAUUCCCACCAGCCUCCUGGUUUAAGGAUCAAGUUCCACCUGACCAGCUUCUGCUGCAACUGUGGAUGUAAACUGACAGUUUCACAUCCAUGCUGUAACAUGUAUGUAGCUUCCUUGUGGGUGUUUUUAGAAAUAAAUUGCCAGAAACGUUAAAAUACAAGGGGGCAAAGAGUCACUGUUCUUCUGGCAACUUGAUCUGACGAGGAACUUGAAUGGAUUCAAAGUUUAGCCUUGUCCCGAAGGUGAUCAAUGGCAGUAUUGCGGGUAUUGUAGGUGUGACAUGUGUGUUCCCCAUCGACCUCGUCAAGACUCGGCUGCAGAACCAGCAACCUGGGCCUAAUGGGGAGCUGCUCUACAAAAACCUUGUUGACUGUGGGUCGAAGACGUUUCGCAAUGAGGGAUUCUUUGGAAUGUACAGGGGCUCGGGAGUGAACCUGCUGCUCAUCACCCCAGAGAAGGCCAUCAAGCUUGUCGGCAAUGACUUCUUCCGACACAACCUGCGCACAGAUAAAGGGACACUUCCCCUCAGUCGGGAGCUGCUGGCGGGAGGAGGGGCAGGGAUGUGUCAGAUCAUCGUCACAACGCCCAUGGAGCUGCUCAAGAUACAGCUGCAGGAUGCAGGCCGUUCUGCCAAAGUGGAUCUGAGUGCCAAUGGUGCUGUAGCAGGCAAGCCAGUCGCUGCUCCCCGACUCUCCGCAACGAAGAUUGCCCUGGACCUGCUCCGACAACGAGGCAUCAUCGGCCUGUAUCAAGGAUGUGGAGCCACGGCUCUCCGAGAUGUCACCUUCUCAGCCAUCUACUUCCCCCUGUUUGCCCAUCUCAAUGCACUGGGCAAGCGUCGGGAGGGUAGCGGCGAGGCGGUGUUCUACGUGUCCUUUCUCUCAGGCUGUGCUGCUGGCUGUGUGGCCUCGCUGUCCGUCAACCCUUUCGAUGUUGUGAAGACGAGGCUACAGACAUUACACAAAGGCAAGGGGGAGCAGUCAUACUCUGGGAUCAUCGAUUGUUUCAGGAAAGUGAUGACGAAUGAGGGACCCAAGGCUUUCUUCAAGGGAGCUGCAUGCCGUAUUUUGGUGAUUGCGCCUCUGUUUGGGAUUGCACAGACCGUUUACUAUCUUGGUGUGGCAGAGUUCCUGAUGGGGUUGAAGAAGUCUUGAGAUCAAUGGCUUUGUUGUGUGAGGUUGAUAUAGUGUACAUGUGUAGAUGUCUGCUCUGGCACUACGCCCUCAUAGAUCAGUGUGCCUGCACGGAGGAACUAUUCUUAAUGAAACUUGGCCAGAUUAUUUUACUUGGGGAUGGAUCAAGAAGAAGCAGGUCAGAUGAUUUACGCAAGAUGAGCCAGAUGCCCUAUCAGAAAGGAAUAAUAGUUGGUGAAUGAUUGACAUGUAGUGCUGCAAUUUGACCUUGAAUGUGCUGUUGACCUUGACAUUUGUGGUCAAGACAUGCUGUCUCAUGGUAACUACAAUGUCACAUGACAGCUUUAAUUUUAUUAGUGCUGUAUUUAAGGUAAUAUGUACAACGAUAUAUAGUUCUAAUGGCACUUUACCAACAGUUAAUAUUGGGAUUUUACAAGAUUUAACAAAGAUUUUUUGUUUUGGAAUAGCAAUGUAAAAAUCUGCAAUAUUCUUAGUAUUUAUUUUCAAACACAGACUUACGCAAUCAUUGAUCACAGCUUUUUGUGAAGAAUAUUGUUACAUUAUAAAUGUUAAUACAUGCAAUGUAUGGGAACAUUUGUCUAAUGUGUUGUUUUCAAAACACAAGUUUAUGAUCCAACUGGUACCUCUGAAGAUAUUCUCAGAAUGUUUAAAGACGGCACUUGCUAAUUACACGACCACAUUCAUUUUGUUUUGUUACUAAUAAAGGGCUACUUUGUUUUGUAAUUAUGUUCAAAUAUGAGAUGCAAAUAGGUUUUAUUUAAGUGUGCUUGUAUAUAGUACUCCCAUACCAUUAGUAACAGACAUUGUGUGUCAGGCAGAAUGUGUGUGCGAGUCUGACCACAAGUGUGUCAGUCUGAACAUGAGUGUCAGUCAGACCAUGUGUGGCAGUAAGACCAUGUGUGUCAGUAAGACCAUGUGUGUCAGUAAGACCAUGUGUGUCAGUCAGACCAUGUGUGGCAGUAAGACCAUGUGUGGCAGUAAGACCAUGUGUGUCAGUCAGACCAUUUGUAUCAAGCUGAAUGUGUGUGAGUCAGACCACAGGUGUGUCAGGCUGAAUGUGUGUGUCAGUCAGACCAUGUGUGUCUGUCAGACUGUCUAUCAGUGAAACCAUGUGUGUAAGUCAGACCAUGUGUGUCUAUCAGUGAAACCAUGUGUGUCAGUAAGACUGUGUGAGCUUCCUGGCUAACAGACCAUAACAUUUGUUUCAUCAACUCCUUGUGUAAACUGCAUGAACUUAUACCCCAUUUACAUGUUCAACAUUUACUAACGUAAGUAAUUUUACACAUGUGUAACUAUACAUAUGUGUGUUUUUGUAAAUUUACUAUGCGUUCACAUGAAAAGCAAAUUAGGUGUGUAAAUUAAGUAAGUAAAUUGUGUAAGGCACACAUAUUCGUCAGUCUGUUCACGACUUUCAACAUAAAACAGGUUGUUUGCCAAUUAAAGUUGAAUGAGAAGAAAAUUUUCGCAUGAAGCAACAUGUGUUUGAUUUUAUUUGUACACAAAGUUUUGACUCCUUGAAACCAAAAGAAAACACUCCAGCUCAGCUCUGUAUAUACUGGUAUGCAUAAAAGUUGGCAACUGUUGACAAUUUGUUUGGUGUUGGCAAAACAACAGAUUUUAAUUAGAUUCUUACGUUGACAUAAACGCUUACAUUGCAACAUAUACACACAGUGCAAAUUUACAUUUACAUUUAAAC